UUUAUAUGUGGAGAGGAUUGGACACUCCUCCUGCUCCACAACAUCAUCAGCAAAAACAAAAUUCUGGUAAUACACUGUCGCUCUACCUGGGAGAAGUUACUGAGCAUCAAUUAACUGCUUCUUCAGGCCAAUUAUCUCUACUAGGUACCAGUGAGAGGAUCGGACGUCUUCUUUCAUGGCCUUCCAAGGAGUCUCUUCCUCGUCUUCUUCCACCGGUGGAUGGACGUACGAAGUAUUCUUGAGUUUUAGAGGCGAAGAUACCCGCCACAGUUUUAUUGCCCAUCUACACAAGGCUUUGUUUCAUAAGGGAAUCACCACCUUCAUAGAUGACGAGCAGCUUAGAAGCGGAGAGGAAAUUUCUCCAGCACUUCUCAGAGCCAUUGAAGAGUCAAGGAUUUCAGUCGUUGUGUUCUCUGAAACCUAUGCAUCAUCUAGAUGGUGCUUGGAUGAGUUACUGAAGAUCGUUGAGUGUAAAGAAACAAAGGGACAAAUUGUUGUACCAGUGUUUUACAAGGUGGACCCAUCGGAUGUACGACAUCAAAAGAAGAGUUAUGAAAAAGCAUUGGCUAAACUUGAAGAAAGGUUUAAGGAUGACAUCAAACUACAGAGGUGGAAGGCAGCCCUAACACAAGUCGCCAAUUUGUCCGGGUGGGAUUCAGAGAAGUACAGGAAUGAAGCUAAAUUUAUUGACAACAUCGUUCAAAAUGUCUCAAGAAUCGUAAAUCACACAUACUUACACGUUGCCAAGCAUCCAGUUGGAAUAGAGUCUUGUAUCCAGCAGAUCAAUUCACUUUUAAGUAUUGAUGAGAUGAAUGAUAGACGUAUGGUAGGGAUCUGGGGAGCCGGUGGAAUUGGUAAGACCACUAUUGCCAAAGCUAUCUACAACUCGAUUGCCCCUCGGUUUGAAGGUAGUUGUUUUCUUGCCGAUGUUACAGAAACUUCUAAGAAAUCCGGUCUGGUCCAACUACAAAAUACACUUCUUUCGGACAUCCUAGGAGAUAUUGGGGAGGUUAACAAUGCUUAUCAAGGAAUUGCUGUGAUAAAGAGAAGGCUUUGCUCUAAAAGGAUACUCCUUAUUCUUGAUGACGUUGAUCAUAAAUUGGACCAAUUAGAUCAAUUGGCUGGAGAAGUUGAUUGGUUUGGUUCAGGAAGUAGGAUCAUCGUAACGACAAGAGACAGGAAAGUGUUGACUGACCAUGGAGUAGUUGAUGAUCUAAUAUAUGAGGUGAAGGAAUUGAAAUUCGAGGAAGCUCUUGAGCUCUUUCGUUGGAAUGCUUUCAGAGAUGAUAAACCUAUUGAUAAUUUUCUGAAACUAAUGGAAGAUGCAAUAAGUUAUGUUGGGGGCCUUCCACUAGCUUUAGUAGUGCUAGGUUCAGAUCUGUAUCGUAAAAAUAUAAGUCGAUGGAAAAGUGCAUUGAAUAAGUACAAAAGCAUUCCUCCCAAAGAUAUCCUACGAAGACUUCGAAUAAGUUACGAUGGAUUGGAUGAAAAUGAGAAGGUGAUAUUUCUUGACAUUGCAUGUUUUUUCAUAGGAGAGCAUGAUGAUGAUAUUAAAAAGCUAGAUAGUUCUGAUUACUCCUCAGUUGAUGGUAUCGGUGUGCUUAUAGAGAGGUCUCUCAUAACCAUUGAUCAUCACGAAAUUGAAAUGCACAACUUAUUGCGAGACAUGGGUAGAGAAAUUGUUCGACUAGAAUCACCUGAAGACCCUAACAAACGUAGUAGGUUGUGGUUUCACGAAGAUGUUCGUCGAGUCCUUGAGAAAAAUACGGGAACAAACAAAAUUCAAGGCAUAUUGGUAGAUUUUCCUGAAGGAGACAAGGUGCACUUGAGUUCCGAGGCCUUCAAGAAUAUGGAAAUGCUUAGAGUGCUUAUGGUUAAAUCUAAAACACACUUGACUAGAGGAUGCGUUCCUCCAGAACCUACUUUAUGCUUUUCGAGAGGAGGACCUACUUUUCUUCCUGACGAGUUAAGAAUGUUGGAUUGGCCUGAUUGUCCUAUGAAAUCUUUUCCAUCCAAUUUUCAAGGAAAGAAGCUCGUUAUUUUAAGAAUGUGGAGGAGCGCCCUCAAGAGCUUCAAAGGAGUUAAGAAUUUUCGAAGCCUAACAAUUAUGGAUUUCGAUGAAUGUGAAUUCUUAGAAAUGAUCCCUGAUGUUUCAAAUAUUCCAAAUUUAGAGAAAUUGACUCUCAGAUGUUGUACAAAUUUAGUUGAGAUUCAUCAAUCUGUUGGAUUUCUUGAUCAGCUAGUUAAUUUGAAUCUUAACUAUUGCUAUAACCUUAAAAGUUUUCCAAGACGCCUCAGGUUGAGAUCUCUAGAAUACUUGGGACUUGGUGGGUGCUCCAAGCUUAACUACUUUCCAGAAAUUGAGUGUGAGAUGGAGCAUUUGAGAUGCAUCUAUCUAGAAUACAGUGGUAUAAAAGAAUUGCCUUCAUCCAUUCGACACGCUAUUUCGUUGAGAGAUUUAUAUCUAGAAAAAAGCAUAAACCUGACAAAUCUUCCAAGUAGCAUUUAUCAGUUGGAACAUUUAGUGCGUCUUACUCUCGGGGGUUGUUCAAAACUGGUUAAGUUUCCUGAGAAGAUGGGGGAUAACAAACAAUCCAUGCCUUCUACUGAAUCUGAAAAGGAAUCGGAAAUUUCAACAUGUUUAGAAUUGCCCCCAUUGCCACCUCUUACAAACGCAAGUGUUUCUAAUGAUGGUUGUUCCUCGGUAGUUUUUCCGGCACUAGAAAACUUGAGUAUGAAAAAUUGUGUCCUAUUAGAAUCAAAUUUCUUUAAGAUAUUUAAUUGCUCCUCCACAUUGGAAGACUUAGAUCUAUCAGGGAGUGAUAUUGUUACCAUUCCUGCGGGCAUCAAAAGAUUUGUUCGCUUGAGGAGACUCAACUUGGAUAAUUGUGAGAAACUUAGAGAAAUUUCAGAACUUCCACCAAAUAUACAAAAUGUGUAUGCAACGAGGUGCAUGUCAUUGGAAACAUUUCUUGAAGAACCACAAAUAUCUCGAUCAUUUAAUACAUGGAGCAUACGAGAGCUUGUACGUGUUGAAUCAGUAUCUUCAGCACCAAGCCCUGUGGGCAAUGGUAUAGAACCAAUGGGAUCUUCUGUCAAUAACAUAACUCCAGAUCGGGAAGCUCAUAUUGGAGUUGAUGAUUCUAUUACACCCUAUCAGGAUCUGCGAACUCGGCGAACUUUGCUAAGAUUUCAGCCAUUGAUGGAAUCUCUUGAUCUCGAUCCUAAUCGUGGCUUUAACGCUUCCAUUUCGGGAAAUAAGAUUCCACAUUGGUUCAGCUAUCAUAAAGAGGUUUCAAAUAGUAAUUCUGAUAAGUGUGAAAUAGAUAUUGAUGUGCCUGCAUAUGUGGAUGGGGUGCUCGGAAUUGCCUUCGCUGCUGCUGUUGUUGGAACAGAUAAUCUUGUCCUUAGUGUUGGUGUCAUCAAUCGUGGUGUUGUAAUCUAUAAAGCCUGGGGUGAAUUUUAUAAACGGGACGCUAAUCAUGUAUUUAUGCAUUUCGUUGUUCCAGUAUCUUUUAUGCAUUUUCUGGGUAAUGAUCAUCUACGAGCUCAGUUUUAUUGGUUGGAGGCUUCAAAUUCAAGGUUUUUUAAAAGUUUCGGAUUCCAUAUGAUAUGUAGGUAUAAAGAGAAGAUAGAUUUAAUAGAUUAUAUUCGAGUUACUAAGAGACCUUGUGUUGAUGAUGGAGACUUGGAAUCUGAAUGGUACCAACACCAAAAGCCUUGGGCAGUAGAUUUUCAAAUGCAGAGGGCAUGCGACCUGGUGAAUCGUAACUACACCAAUACUUCGGUUAUAAUAAGCGUUCGUGAUGAGAAAGAAAAUGGAGUGGGUUGUGCGAUAAGAGUAAAAGAAGAGAAAGACACUGCUUAGUGCUUAUUCGUUGGAUUUUGGGAUCACACAAGAAAUUCAUUGUAUCUUGUUGGAGGAGCCGCAACAAAAGAGGAGACUGAGAGUGACCGUGAAAUAUUGAGAGGGAAAAAGAGAUUCCAGUUGCCAUUUAUUUCUAAUAAAAGUGAAAGUUUGUAUUUUUGUUUGUUCUUUUUUGUUUUCUCAUUUGAAGAAUAUAUAAUCUCUAUUGUGUGAUAGUGAGAUUAGGUGUA